CGGGAAGCAAAGCAGGACAAAUAUGGAUAAGAAGAAUAUUUAUCAUAAUCAUGCAAAAAGAAUUCUAUCCAUAUCUAUAGCACUGAUAUCGCAUUGCCUAUGCACAAAUUAUAUGACAACCUCCUGCCAACAUUAACAUUAAGAACUUAGUCCUAAACCUCCUAAGCCUAAUCCUAUUGAACUUGUCCUGAAAAAAUGCCUGCUCCAAUGAGCGCUUCUACGGUUCUCGCUGUUCGGAGCGUGGAGGCUUCGGCCUCCAGUGUGGAGGGCAUGUCGAUCUGUCCUGAUGGCAGCAAAAUCGCAGUUGGACGUGCCAAUGGCGUCGUAGAAAUCCUAGACCGUUUUGGUCACACUCGAAAUCUCAUCUACGUGCCUAGUGGACUCACUGUGAAGCAUGCUACGCGGUGCUUGGCAUGGAUGGCGAAGGAUGCAUCUGGAUCUGUCAAUCGUACAGCAGCAGCGUCUGCUGCAGCCAGCGACUCGGACUCAUCGUCUGAUGAUGAUAGUGACGAUGACGAGAAGAAGAAAGGGGAACAACAACAACAACAAGCGGAUGCUAACGAAAGCGAUAAGAACAAGAAGGAAAUUGAUGCAAAGAACGACUCAUCUUCUAAGUCCUCCACAACCACCGCGUUUACACCUGCAAUCCCCACUUCACCAAGAACCACGGAGGAAAGGAAUGACUACCUACUGAUCGUAGCAGGUAUGGGCGAAACGUUCUACUGCAUGGACGUGGAUACAGGAAAAGAGGUGUUUUCGUCCUCAUCGUAUGGCGGAGGCGUGUGGUCUCUUUCAUGCGUUGGAAACACGAUUCUCCUGACGACGGACGAUGGAUGCUUGAAGGUGCUUAGACAUUUAGAUUUAAGUAGGUUUUAUUUUUGCUUUCGACGACGGACGACGGAUGGAUGCUUCUUGAAGGUGAUCAAUUUUAUGUUCUUUUCCACCUUGUCUCUAGACCUUACGCUAAAUAAGUUAGAGGGGUUUAUUUAUUCAAAAAGAAAAAACUUCCAGGUCUUCGAACGCGAUGAAAUGAUGGGUGAUUUGGUCCUCAAGCAGUCUCUCAAUGGACAGCAAGCACUGGGAUCCACGUCAGCGGAGCAACGCAUCAGAGCCUUGUCUCACUGCGUUUUCUCUUCCAGCACAGCUUCUCCCAAGUCUGGAUCUGUCGAUCCAUGUGCAACGGUAUGUGUUGGAGACGCAGUGGGAAAGAUCACAAAGUGGACGCGGAGUAAUGCGAAUGCGAAAUACGUAAGUGCCGGAUUGAUGCGGAUUUGCACUGGAGAAGACGCCACAACUGGAGGAUUGACCAAGAAAGCUAGAGAAGGUACCUAGUACGGGAGGAUUAGUACUUGCAGUUGUGAGAUACGGUUGUAGUGGGUAUGAAGCCCUUUGUUGUUGUAGAAUACUUGUAUUUUUUUUGAAUUAUAUUACAGCCUCCGACCUGCUCGUCCAACUCUUCAGGUGACAGCAAGAAGAAAUCCCAUUCCUCAAACGAGAACGCCCAUGCUGCAAUGUUUUCGCAAGCUAUGAUUUGGCAACUCGCUACUAUCGACGGAUUCCGGAUUGCUGCUGGCGACAGCCUUGGCCACGUUAGAAUUUUCGAUGCCAGACAGUGCGUGCAGAUGCAAGUCUUCCACAAUCGACACAAAUCUGAAGUACAGACGUUGAUGUUUUCUAGGAAAACACUGGUGUCUGGCGGAUUCGAUGGGAAAGUGCAAAUGUAUCACCUGAAUCACGACGACCAAUUCGUCAUCGGAAACGCUCAUCAUCCUCACGAUUGCUAUUCCAUUGCAGCGAUGGUGGAACUCGGAGAUAGAAGAGAGCUGUUGAGGAAUUACUACUUGGAGACCUCAUCUUCAACUUCUGCAAAGACCACUAGUAACAGUACAACUGAUAGUUGUACCACAGCAGCUGAAGUUUGCCUUCUCUACGGUGGACUUGAUGGAGGUUUGUAUCUUAGUCACGGAACAACCACUCGUCGCAUUGCGGGUCCGUUCGCCCACUACAAGCGAAAGAACGUCGCAGUUUCUGGACACAACAGCGAACUGAAUUCGUCUCUAGUCCUUCACGCAGACGCAAAAACCGCAAAAGCGGAUCUCUGGCACUUGGAUUACUCAGAUCUGUCCCAGUCCCUGUCAGAAGAAAUGGUGGAAGUAGAUUGCUCUAGAAGUAUUGACUAUCGUCCAUCCGCUUCCGCUUUGAGCCUCAAGAGACAGAGAAAGCAGCCGAAUCGGGAUAGCGCUAAGCCUACGAAAAUUUACCAGCUCGCGUUGGAGGUAUUGCUAUUUUUCCUUGUUCACUUGUCUGGCUAUGGUUUCCUGCUGCGAUCUACUAAGACCAAUCGGAUGUAGCUUGUUGUUAUCAAUCUUUCAUGUCGCAAACGCGAUUGGCUGUUCUGAGACUAUUAUAGACCUAAGACAUCCUAUUCCUAUAAUGAUUCUAUGAAAAACUACUACACCAACAACCUAAGGCUAAGACAUCGUAUUCCUAUAAUUCUAUGAAAAACUACUACUGCACCAACAACAAUAGGAUUCGUCCCGCCAGCUGACCGCUUGUGCCACCUCAACCCGCUUCGUGGCUUUAGCUAACACGAAGAGCACACGCGUGUUCGACCUCGAUUUAGCGGAUAUUGAAGUCAGCAUGCAUUUGCAGGCGAAGAAGCUGCUGUCGCAGAAGUCAUCUGGAGGAGGGGCAUCCACGCUGAAAUUCCUCACGGAAUCGUUGCUUGCUGUGGGUGCAGGUAAUCGUGUGCAAUUGGUGCAACUCGGAUCAAGUGCUAGUGCUCAUGCAUCCUCAAAGGAUGUUGAUGGAGAAGAUGAGGACAUGGAGGAAAACGACCACGACGAAGCAAGAGCAGAGCAACUAGCCGAAUGGACUCUCACUCGUCCAGUCCAUUUUUUCUCCGGUGCACGGGAAUGGCUAGCAGUUGGAGAAAUCGGGUGCGCCAGUCUCAGAAUCUUCAACCUAGACACACUGCGGGAACACUGCAGAGUGCCAGCAGUGGGUGGCACUGUCAUGGCGUGCUGUUUUCAUCCGUCGAAGAACGUCGUUUUCGCGGUUGGAUCGAGUGGAGAAUACGUAGGCUACGACUUAGAUGCCUUGACUUUGGUCCGUAGUGGAACUCUGCCGCCAUUGUCAGUUUUAGACAUUAGUGGUGCGAUCUUUUCCUCGAGUAAAGCAGCUGCACCGAUGAAGGAAAAAUCAGCAUCUUCCAUGACAGCAGAUAAUUCUACAUCAACAUCCUCUACCUCUUGUUCCUCGAGCAUUACCAAAGAAGCACCACGAGAGCCAGACCAAGAGGCAUCUAGAGCCGCUUCUUCCUCUAUGACCGUGUUGGUGUGGGGAGGUAGCGGUAGCCUUUUCAAAAUCGAUCUUGCAACAGGUGAGUCAGAUCCAGUAGAUCAACAGGAUGAAGACCACGAAAUCGAGGACAACGGGUCCGCGCCAGCAGGCAUGAACAACGACGGCUCACCAGCAUCCACUAGAACGCCGAGCGAACCUAGCAACUCACCUGUGAAAAGCGACGGCGGAGAUUCAUCUUCCAGCAGUGCCAACAACAAGCGACGACGAAUUAGUGAGGGAAAGGCGGACAAGGAGAACGAGAAGGAAACCUCGACCACAGGAGUAAUAGAGAGCAGCACUAGCACUGGCAAAAAAACCAACAGUGCCGCAAAAGCAACCUCUAGCCCUCCUACCGCGACUGUAUUACAUACGAAUUUUCGCCAUUUGUUAGCAUUUGAGCCUGUAGGGGAUGUCGUACUUGCACUAGAUAUACCAGAAGCUGUAACACGAAAGGACCUACCACCUAAGGUGCACGCUAGAGCACGGUACGGACGAAGAUAAGCUUGUCUUUCUGUUGAGUUGAAGUUCAAGACUGGAUCAGAAGUUGACAUAUUUGAUUUAGAUUUCCUGCUUACACAAACAUUUUACCAAAUAAGACCUGAUCAACAUUGCAUUUAUAUGGGGAACUUGAUGUUGGUACUAGAUGAGAGCCUUGCGCCCCAAGUCUCUAUCUAUUUAGCGAAUGAUUGUCACAAAACGGGAAAAACAAUCAACUUUUCUCAAAAAUGAACACCAUAUUUUUCAUGUCCGCCUGG